AUGCGCGCGCGGUGUGGUAUUGCUAGCCGGCGACGGUCGAAGCAACGGCAACAAGGAGCAGUGGAAAAGCGGCGGACUGGGGAGCACGAGGUCAUAGGUUCGGUCCCCGUCCUCUGCAAAAUUUUUUUGCAAUCUUUCCUUUUUUUGGAUAAUUCCGUCUAACUGCUCCUUUCUUGAGUUUUGUAGCGUAGAAACAUGAGAAAAACUUUUUUUCAACCUUUAUAAACACCUGGACUUAUUUUUUUGUCAAAAAAAUUUUAUUCAUGAAAUUUUUUUCGUGAUUUUCCAUGUGUAUGAGCAUGGGUUGGAGUAUGAAAAUUUUCGAAAAAAAUUUUUUUUAAGUUUUUUCUGUUUCAAAAGUUGACUGGUCCAAGUAAUCAUGACUACGCUGUCAAAACUCACAGAAAAAAAUUUUUCAUGGUUUUUUCAGACCUCAACGCGCACAUACGGCUCUAUGAGAAUGAAAGAAAUGCAAGUUUUUUAAAGCUUUUUGCUGAAAAACUUUUGAAGCACUUUUUACUAGUGACUAAAUUUUACAACUAGAACCGUAAUCUCCUGAAUAAAUUCAUUACAAUGAUGUUAGUGAAAGUUUCCUUUCCAGUCAGACUUUGUCGAGAGUAAAAUUUCAAAAAAAAAAAAAAAUAUAACUUUUUAAGGCUUUACUUUUUCUUGAGCAUUGUCCUUCUUUUGCUUUCGGGACUAAAUUUUUUUCCGACAAAAGGCAAUCAUCGCGUAUAAAUCACUGCCACCUAAAAAGAUCUUUUUUUGGAAGUGGAAAAUUUUUGGAAAAAUUUUUUUCUGUGAGUUUUGACAGCGUAGUCAUGAUUACUUGGACCAGUCAACUUUUUGAAACAGAAAAAAACAAAAAAAUUUUUUUCGAAAAAUUUUCAUACUCCAACCCAUGCUCAUACACAUGGAAAAUCACGAAAAAUUUCAUGAAUAAAAUUUUUGACAAAAAUAAGUCCAGGUGUUUAUAAAGGUUGAAAAAGAAGUUUUCUCAUGUUUCUACGCUUCAAAACUCAAGAAAGGAGCAGUUAGACGGAAUUAUCCAAAAAAGGAAAGAUUGCAAAAAAAUUUUGCAGAGGACGGGGACCGAACCUAUGACCUCGUGCUCCCCAGUCCGCCGCUUUUCCACUGCUCCUUGUUGCCGUUGCUUCGACCGUCGCCGGCUAGCAAUACCACACCGCGCGCGCAUUCUCUUAUGUUCGGCGGGGCUUUGAAAGAUAAUAUCUGGGCUGCGAAAUUUUUUUGAGAAAAUUUCAAUGGUUUUUCGUGACCAAAGGGACAAGAUCUACAUACCCUACAAAAAUGAGCUCAAUCGGAGACACUGAAAUUUUCGACUUUUGAGGGUCCAUAACUUUUUUCACAGACGUAUUGGGCAACUUUUGAAAGCAGAUUUGGAAUCAGCGUGAAAAACUACAUCUAGUGAAAUUGGUCUCAUUCAGAAGUCUCACUGUGAGCUGAGACCAUUCCCUGGUCAGGGGGAGAACGGCAUGCCCGCGCUCAUCUAAAAAAAGAAACGGCAGACCUGCUCGCAUGCACCAGUUCAGAGAGCACGGUAAAAUUGGAGAGACCAGACUCGUGCGCUGGCCUGCGGUUACAUCCGCGCUGAUCUGCCGUUUUUUGUUGGAUUUGGCAUGCCAGCAGGUCCGCACACAGUGUGCAGAGCGAGAAGAGUACGACUCUGGUCUCUCCAAUUUUACCGUGCUUUCUAAACUUGUGCAUGCGCGCAGAUCUGCUGUUUUCCUUUUUCAGAUGCGCGCUGGCAUGCCGUUUUCCCGCUGAUUUUUUAUUACGCCAGCCUGACGUUUCGUGAAGUAUGGUGCUCAGGCUGUAAACACACCGAGACACACUAUCGCUAA